AUGAGUGCAGUGUUUAGCCCAUCAUUCAUGAUGAUGCAACGUCCAGUGGGAAGCACCACGGCCUUCAGCAUCGACUCUCUCAUCGGAGGUCCUCCGCAGCCGAGCCCUGGACACUUUGUUUACACCGGCUACCCCAUGUUCAUGCCCUACCGCUCGGUGGUUAUUCCUCCGCCUCCCCCUCCUCCGCCAGCCCUGUCCCAGUCCGCUCUCCAGCAGGGUCUAUCGUCCACACAUCCGCACCACCAGAUCCCUGGGUUACCCAGCAGUUUUUGCUCGAGUCUGGCGCAAGGGAUGGCUCUCACAUCCACGCUCAUGGCCACCCUGCCCGGUGGAUUCGGCGCGUCCCAGCAACAGCAGGAGGCGGCGGCAAGAAAGUUUGGCCCCCAGUCCCUUCACGCUGCCUUUGACAAAACUCAGGAAAUGCGCUUGGACGUGGAUGACGGGAAAAGCUUCCUUGGGAAAGAGUCGACACUAUCGUCCUUCCACGACACCGACUCUCUGCAAUCUGUCACAGGCCGAAAUCACAGUAAAGAUGAUGUCAAGGAGGACGAGUGCAACCGCAAAGAGGACAGUUAUGCCAUGGACAGUGAUCUUGACUACAGUUCAGACGACAAUGCCAGUGGCAGUGCCAUGUGCCAAAAAGACGAUGGCGACGGGAGCGCGGGAAUGGACGAUGGUGCCCAUGGGCCCACCGGCACUGGGAGCACCACCUCAACCGGCAAGAACAGGCGGCGGAGGACAGCCUUCACAAGUGAACAACUGUUGGAACUGGAGAAGGAAUUUCACUGUAAGAAGUACCUCUCGCUCACAGAACGCUCGCAGAUUGCGCACGCGCUAAAGCUCAGCGAGGUUCAGGUCAAAAUCUGGUUCCAGAAUCGACGUGCCAAGUGGAAGCGCGUGAAGGCGGGAAACGUGAACUCUAAAAAUGGAGAGCCUUCCAGAAAUCCCAAAAUUGUGGUGCCCAUCCCUGUACACGUCAGCCGCUUUGCGAUACGAAGCCAGCACCAGCAGUUAGAGCAAGCAAGGCCUUGA